GGCUGGAAUUGAAUUUUCUUAUGCAAGUAAUUAAUAGCUACUUGUUAUUAAUUAUUUAUUUAUAGAUAUUCAUAUUUAUAGAGAUAUAGAGAGGUUUUUUUAUUGAAGUGAUAAAGUGAAAAUAAUUAAUUGAAAUAUUCAAUUAAAAUGAAUGAAGAAAGUGGAAAUGAAGGGAGCUCGCCGGAUAUAGUGAUCGCACGUUUAUCAUUUGAUAAGGAUGAUAAUGAUAAGAAUAAUGAUAAUGAAAGUAAUAACGCUACUGAAGAUGAUGCUAAGAGUACAGUAACAAUUACGGAAUUUAAUGUUAAUGAAGAUAACAAUGUUUUGAUAGAAAAGACAGAUGUCAUAAGUGAUAUUAAAAAUGACUAUGCUUCUGAAAAAUUCGAAAAUUUAUCAAUGGAAGAAAAGAAAAAGGGAAGGUUGAAAAACUCCUUCAAGGAUCGUUUGUUUAAGAGGAAGAAAACUAAAAGCUUUGGAUCGCAACCUUCCAUAGAUGAAAUUGAACCAGAGUCUACCAACCGAACAGUUACAAACAAGUCUGUUGAUAACGACGAUACAACUCGAGUGUCGUUAUCAAAAUCACCAGCAACAGUAUCAACCCGUUUAUCAGGGUUGAGAAUAUCAGGAUCGUCAGUAGAAUUACCCGACGAAGAAGAAAAUCAAGAAGAAGAAGAAGAAGUACCAGUUAAAAAAAUGAUGAAAAAAAAGAAAGCUUCACUCGUACGGCGAUUGAGUUUGAAUAAAUUUCGUCUGAGUUCAACAGAGCAGAUCCCGGAAGUACGACAGACACCAGAAGGUGACAGUAGUCGUUCGCAAUCAUCACAAGAAUCUCCUAGUCAUGAUUACCACCCAAGUUAUAAGAGCAAACCUUCAUCAACAUCAUCAUCAGGAACAAGAGUAAUGAGCAAGAAGGGUUACAAGUUUGAUGAAAAAUUAUCUUCAGCAGAUAAACAAAAGGGUAGGGAGAGUAAUAAAUCGACGUCAAUGGAGAGGCGUAGUCCAAGCAAUACGUGGGGGCAGCAAAGAGAGAAGGGAUUAGUUACGACAACGAGUGAACGACGUACAGACGACCCUCAUCGACGACAGAAACCGUCUGAAAACUUGUCUACUGACAAAACAGUCACCACUGUUACAACUCUUCUUCAACGAAGAUCGCCGUCUGUUACGAUAAGGACUAGCUUCGUUGACUCGGACCUGCCACCAGUUGGUCAAGAAUCACCAGGUCAACAUCAAGCAGUAUCAGCACUACCCUACGCAUUGUCCAAAUGGCCUGAUGAAAAAUCUGGCCAAACUAAAAAAGGAAAAUUCGUCGGAAAAUCCGAUUCCGAGUCAGCGCUAAAAGAAAUUAGAUCUGAUGAAUCAUCGCAAGUGGAAGUAAAGCGUAAACUAUCAUUUCUCAAAGAAAAACGUGCGAUAUUUCAACGAAAAUACUUUGAAUCAUCAGAAGUAAAUCACUCUGGCGAAAAUUCAUUGGAUACAGUGAUUGACAAUUCUGGUGAUUCAUUGAAUCUCUCCGAUCCAAAGUGUUCUAUUGACAACAAUGACAAUAUAAAAAUAUACGGAAUAUCUCGGCACAUUAAUGUCCGUACAUUUGAUUCAUUUUCCACUACUUUCAAAGAUUCCAUUGACGAGCAAGAUACUGAUAAUAAUUAUUUACACAGUAUUGAUAUUAUUGAUAACAAUAAUAAAUUUAUUACGUCAAUAGAGGAUCAAAAUAAUUUAUCAAUGGCUGUUAGUAGUGGAGAUAGCACUGAUACGCAAAGAAGAUUUAGUGGAGAUAGUUCGUCGACGCACAAUAACGCGCCAAGUAGCGGCGUGACUGAAAAACGUGAACAUUUGUACAAAAUACUAGUAAUUGGUGAGCUUGGGGCUGGAAAAACAUCAAUUAUCAAAAGAUAUGUCCAUCAGUUUUUUUCUCAACACUAUCGCGCAACAAUUGGCGUUGACUUUGCACUGAAAGUACUCAACUGGGAUCCAAACACAAUUAUAAGGCUGCAACUAUGGGACAUUGCCGGCCAAGAGAGGUUUGGAAAUAUGACCCGUGUUUAUUAUAAAGAAGCCGUCGGUGCCUUUAUUGUAUUUGACGUUACGAGAAGUGCGACAUUGGAUGCUGUUGUAAAAUGGAAGCAAGAUUUAGACUCAAAAGUACAAUUACCCGACGGAUCACCAAUACCCUGUGUUUUACUAGCCAACAAAUGUGACCAAUCUAAAGAAGGACUCGCUAACUCGCCUGGUAAAAUGGAUGACUAUUGCAAAGAAAAAAAUUUUGUCGGCUGGUUUGAAACUUCUGCUAAAGAAAAUAUAAAUAUCGAAGAAGCUGCGCGUUUUCUCGUCAAUAAGAUUUUACAAAAUGAUCAGAUAAUGAAAGGAAACGGAGCUCAAGAUCAAGUCGACGGUGAAAGAUUUGCAUUAAAUCAGUCACCGACAGGCUCAAAAAAAUCAUGCGCAUGCUGACAAAGUGUAACUAUUAUUACAAUUCAAUUUAUUAUUAUUAUUAAUAAUAACAACAGCAACAACAAUAAUAAUAUUCAAUAUUCCGGCCAAAUUGGGACAUAAAAGUGAACUUUAAGACUGUUCCAUUUGCUAUUAUAUUUUAUAAUUAUAAUUAUGAUAAUUAUUAAUUGUUAAUAUAAUUACGUAGACAAUUAUAAAUAAUAACGUGCAAAUUUAAUAUUUUUUGUACGACAAAAAAAAAAUUUAUAAAAUAACAAACAAGUGCUCGCACUUUAUAUCGAUUAAUUGAUAUUUAAAAAGAAAGUAUCAGUCAACAGUUUUUAUAAUACAUCGAUCGUAUCUAUUUAUACUGCUUACAUAACUUAAGUAAACAUUACAAUUACUGAUAAUAUUUAAUUGUUUAUUGUUUACUGUUUAGUUACUUGCAAAAUUAUGUUUAACUCUGGUCCUGUUUACUUAUUGCUUAGAUACUUAAAUAAAUUGCCUAGGUAGGUAAUUAAUAGAGACUGUUUAAAUGUCGUAUAUAAAUAUAAAGACUCCGUCGAUGUUAUUGAUUUUAUAACAAGAACUUGGUAUAAAAAUUCAGUAUAUAAAUAUGACAAAUAAAAUUGAAUUUAAAAAUUCGCAUCGUCCGGGAUUUUCUCUCGAAAAUUUUAAAUGCGUAAUGAAGCUCGAGACUAUUACUGAGAAAAAAGAAUUUCCUUUGAAGAAAAAAAAUAAUUUUUUGAGCCAAUAAAUUUGCUUUUUAACUCAGAGAAGUAAAUUCUUAUAUCAAGAAAGUGUUUAAUAUCAAUUUUUGAAAUAUUUAUUGGUUAUAAUGAAAUUUAUUUGAAUUAAGCUAGUGUACUAUUUGAUGAAACAAUUUUUUGGUCAAGAAAGUACUUUUUGUAUCGAGAAAUAACUAGUGCAAAUUUUCAUAAAAUAAUUUUUUAACGCAUUAAUAUUUUAGUCUUCAAAAAAAAUUAUUCUUUUUUCCAGUGUAAAAAGCAGAUGCUUUUAUUUUUUACAAUUUUAAUUUGUUCUUUUAAGAGGGGUCUGAAAUUUUUUCUCUAUCACACUCAAGUCAACGAACGGUACUAUCUUUGUUGCACUUGUUUAACUUUUUAGAUUCAAAAAUAUUUUUCAUUAAAUUUUAUUAAAAAUUGACUCAUUGAUUUUAAACCACAAUAUUUAUCAUUAAAAAAAAUACUUAUCAGUUAUUGAUAUAUUUAUUAAAUAUUCAUAAAAUUGAAUAUCUAUAUAUAUUAUCGAUUUAAAAAAAUUCAGUAAUAGAUACGAUCAAAAAAAAAAUCUAAGUAAUCGAUAUCUUCCUUUAUGACAAUUUAAAUAUACUUGAGAUUACGUUUCAUUAAAGGCCAUUUUUAAAUUUCAUAAUUUAUUUAUUAUAUAAUUAUAAUAAUAAUAAUUAUAGUUGAUAAAAAUUUAUUAUUUAUAAUUAACAAUAAUAUUUAAUACUAUUAUCAAAUGACUAAACCCAUUUUAAAUAGAUAUACAUAUAUUUAUGUAAAGUUGCCUAAUUAACAUUUGUAGUAUAGAACGUGCCAUUUUUUUCAUCUACAACAAAAAAUCCAAUUAAAAACAUUCCAUUCUAUUGAAUAGUAGACAUUAAUAAUUAUCAACUAUUUAGUACAUAAAUAUUUAUAAAUAUAUUUGUUUUUGUUUGUUCAUAUUCUCGUAAAAAUGACAAAAAAAUUUUGUGUUCAUAUAAAAAGUAAAUAAAUACUGUUGGCUAUAAUGAAAAAUUUUAUACGUAAAAAAUAUUAAGAUGAUUUUUAUCCUCAUGAAUUUAUAUAAAUAUAAAUAUAUAUUAAAAAUAAAUAAACUUUCAAUUAUAAAAUUAAGUGUACGUAAAUAAUACGAUUCAGAUAAUAAUUGUAUAGAUAAAAAUUUUUAUCUGUUGUAAUGAAAAUUUAAUUUCGAUAUUUUUCUGUCUCUCGGUCAUCGCAAUUUGAUAUCUAAAAUUUUUCAUUCUCACAUUCAAAAUCAAUUUAAUCAUGUAAAUUUUUAUACCUAUAUAUAUUUUUUUUAUAAUAUUAAUGCAGCUUUUAGUUUUUAUUUAAUAUUUAUAAAAAAAAAAUUGUUAUUAUUAAUAUUAUAAAUUUUUUGUAAAUAAAAAAUUGCGAUGCUAAAAAAAAUUUUUCGCUUACAAAUAAUUUAUUAGAUACCCCUAAAAACAAUUAAUAGAAUCAAUUAAUUUUUUAUUAAUUGUUAGUUUUAUUUCAAAUAAUUUUUCCUAAAAGAAUACAUGGAGACAACAUGGACGCUAUAUGGCGCCAUGUAUAUAAAUAUAUCAAUUCAUAAUUAUCUGUUUAAUGUUUACAGAAUAUAAUAUUUUGUAGACUUUGUUUAUUUCUCUUUUUUUUUCGUAAGUAAAAUAAAAAAAAAUUUUUCAAAUACAAUCGAGCAGCUGUUGAUGAUAAAUUCGACCUUACUUAUAUUUAUUUUUGUUCUACUAUAAACAAACGUUAUUUGUUACUAUUCACUAACUUGCGUAGUUGUUAUAAUAACGUAUCAAAAAUUAAUAUAAUUUUUAUCGUAAAUUUUAAUGUAUAUAUAUUAUCAGUAACAAAAAUAUAUGAUAAGUACGAUAUGUAUGCAAUAGUGUUAUAUC